UGUAAACAAACACUAUGAUCCUAAAUAUUUCCGAAACGUACGAUAAGAAAGUGAAAGUAACCCAUGUUAUAGGGCCUGUAGGGCAGUCCAUGGUCAAUUAUGUCCGGUCGCUCAGGUCUCCUUCAAGGGCUAGGCAAGGCCACCAAGCGCGGCAUCCGGAAAUGUCCACAAUGCGGCACGCUGAACGGCACACGCGGCUUAAGUUGCAAAAACCGAACCUGUGACUGGGUCUUCCAGCAUCCCGCUAGUUCCGUCACCUCCACCGCCACUGCACCCAGCUCUGCUCUGAGGUUAGCCGUGCCCUCUUCGUCGGGGCCUCGUCCCACCCGCCCCUGGGUGGCCCCGCACGAUCCAUGUCUCCUGGUGACGGACGGCUCGCCACUUCAACGCCUUUUCUCGGUGCGACCCCAUCCCACGCCCCCGGACGGUCUGGAACAACGGGCUUUCCUGUUGGUCCACUCACCGGUUGAGCCGGGAGACGUGGGACCCGCCAGCUUACCGUCCACCGAUCCCUACAGUCCCAUUUGGCCGGCCCAGAAUGCCUGCUAUGUCCCCGGGUGUGCCGAAACCCAGGGACCCCAGGGACCCGAGUCCGAGGCCGCCUGUCGAGUCUGUGUUCACUUGCGAGCCGUUGACGAGCCGAGUUUGGCCCUCCGCGGGGCCGAACCCCUCUCGGUGAAGCACUCGGUCUUGAAUGAUAUGGCCAUCACCUCCGAGUUGAAGCAGCUGAUUUGGUUGGGUGCCCGUCAAAAUGGGCCCUUGGUCCAACGGGUCUCGAUUACCACCAUGGCCGUAAAAUGUCAGCCUAGUCCUAUGCAUCCUUUGGGCUUUCUGCAUGUGGUAUUUCCGGGUCGGGCCACGUUUCAUUGUCCAUGUCCGGCUACCGAGCAGUGUCUGCAUUUUUACUCUUGCUUGGCCGUGUUCGCCUCCAGUCAGGCCUUAGCUCGGGAAUUUGCGGCCGAAAUCAAUGGUGCUCUCUUGUCGGAGCCGGUCAAAGGUCCACACUUGGACCGUUCCGUCCCUCAGUCCGAGGUCCGUGUGUCGACCGUAGGAUCCGAAUUGACGUGGGAAGCUCCGGUGCUCGAAUCUCAGCUUCAGAUGGGCUUUGUCGAGUGGCUUAGCGGGGUGACGCAAACAUUGUCGGAUGGUUUAGUGUCGGCCGCGCCGCAAUUUGGCGAGAAGGUCUGCGAACUAGAAUACCACGUACCGCACCAAUUUUGCCAAGCGCUAAUUACGCGGUUAUCGCCCACGUCGGAUCGACUCCUGUUGCCUCACCAUAUACAAGAAGUGCCGGGGCGUGACGAAAGUUUGAAAAAGCAAUACGUGUGGCAUUUGAAUAAUAUUUUGCAAGUGAAGAAAGCGUUUGAUACUCCAAUGGCAGAGCUAGAAAUUGCCACGGAAUACAUCAUUAUGAGGGAUGGGAAAAAUGCCAGUCAAAGGCAGAAAACCCGGAUCAAUGCCUACUUUUGCGUGGGGAAGAAUGCUGCCGGGCAACGGUUGGAGGAACCUGCUUUUAUUCUGGAAUGGAGUCCCCAGUAUCUGUCUCAACAACUGGGUCGAUUGAAGUUACGAUUUGUAAUAAUGUUAGAUUGUAUUUCCGAUUUAAAAACGUGAUAUUUAGGUACACCAAAUUUGAUAUAAUUGCAUUGAUUGCCUUCUUUUAGGAUAUCGAAGGUUGGAUCAGUCAGCUAGUCACCGAGACACUGUUACAGUACAUUUACUUUGGAAGGUUUUUUUUCUUUUUACAGGGAA